GAGGCAAUGGGCUGGGACUCGGGAGACUGACUUUUCCCCUCGCACGCCGGGUGUUUACUGCGGUUCUGGGAAAGGGCCAGAUUGCAUCAGACAGGGCCUGCGGGCUGGGCCCCUGCCACUGAGGAGGAGACGUGGCCUUAUAAGUCGGAGCCAGUGAACUGGGAAGUGCCAGGAAAGCAGACACACACCAAGCUUUAGAAGGCGAGAGAGACAGUGAGGGUAAGCCAGCCAUGAUGGCCACCUUCCCCGGAGCAGCCAGCUCGGCCCCACAGCCUCCGAGUCCACAGGACGAAGACCCCAGCCUGGACGAGUCAGACCUCUACAGCCUGGCGUAUUCUCAGCUGGGAGUGGGAGGCCGGAAAGGUCGCACCAAGAGAGAAGCCGCUGCCCACACCAACCGCCCCAGCCCUGGUGGGCACGAGAGGAAGCUGGUGACCAAGCUGCAGAACACGGAGCGGAACAAGCGAGGAGCGCAGUCCUGAGACAGCGGGAGAUGCGGCCGGAGCACGCACCCCACACGGCGAUGUUGGCGAUGUUGGCGAUGUUAGCAGGACCUGGGCCCACCCACCCACAGCACUCCCAGGACUCCCCCACCUGCCUCAGGCUCUGAGGGGCCCCCAAGGGAGCACCUGCAGAACAAGGGCAAGAUAGGGAGCAAGAGGCAGGGCGUGGAGGGGCACAGCCACGGAGGUGCCCCAGAAAAAAAGAUGCCGAGAAAACCGGAGCUCCCGGGGUGGCAGCGGCAAUAAAAUGCAGCAGCAGC